ACAAUCAGAAACAGUUUCAUUGUUAUUUAAGCAACAUAUAAAUUAUAGGAAGCUACUGAUCUCAACUGUAAAGGAGAGGGCAUUUCCAAUAAGAAACAGCUGCUACAGAUACGAGCUUCACUAGCUAGCAUCACUAGAAGGAACAUAUCACUAGAAGGAACAUAUCACUAGAAGGAACAUAGUUAUUGUCUAUAUGACUUGCUUGAGAAGCCAAUAUUAAUACCAAAUACUUCUUAGAGAUCAUCUGUUUCUCUCUGUAAAGGAACUAUGAAUCACCUCAAGAGAGCCAAAAGAUACGUUGCAAAGAAAAUCAAACGCAUAAGACGAGCAAUAACACGCAGACCAAGGAGAAAGCAACAAAGAAGCAUACAAGACUGUCAACAGCUAGGGAGGAGUUCAACUCAGUCAUGCAAGGGAGGCAAAGUAUCCAGGGAGAUUAUCUUACCCCACGAGAAAAAGAUGAGCUACAAUAUCACUAAGGAUCAGGUCUGCUCCCGGCAACCUACAGCUUCUGUUCCUAUAAGAAUGAAAGGUGCACAAACUGUUUUCUUCAACGGCCACUUAUACCUCGGUGGAGGUCACACUGGCAGCACGACAAACGACUCCAUUGUUCUCAGAUACCACCCACAGUCGACCACAUGGGAGCAACUGCCUCUCAGUCCAAUGAAAUGGUUCGGAAUGGCAGUAUUCAAUCAACAGCUCGUGCUGGUUGGUGGGAAAGAAAUUGGAUGCAAGGACUACAAAGCAACCAAUAAGAUUGCAACUUGGGACGAACACAACUGCUGUUGGAAGCUUGUACUGCCUCCCAUGACGUUUGUUCGACUGUCUCCAGUUGUCUAUGGCUACAAGAACUAUCUAAUAGUUGCUGGGGGAGAGAAGGGAUCACUUGACUACAGUUUUGAGGUACUGGAUCCAGCCUCUAAGAGAUGGAUGGUCGGGCCAUCACUGCCUGCAACGUGUUCCCCACACACUUCAGCCAUUGCUGGGAGGACUUGGUACCUCCUCCAAACAGAAACUGACUGCAUCUUGAGUGCUGACGUGCAGAGAAUCAUUCACCAAACUCUUGGACUGCAAGACUAUCUCCCCGAAUCUCUUAGCCAAGCAACGGCAAAGAGCGAGAUGGAUCAAAGUAAAGAUUGCAUCAAAGAAAAGGAUCCACUUUGGAAGAUGACAAUUAGACCCCAUGGACAUCUCGUCGGAAUGACGUCACUCAACGGAGAUUUGUUCCUGAGCGUCAAAGGACAUGGUAACUCGAAGAUCUACAUUCGCAAUGCGGAGGCAACUCACUGGUCUAGCGUAGUGUCCUCGCAAAACAAUGGAGUCUCACUGCUCGAGAUCGUAGCUGCAUCAUUAUGACAAUAAUGUGUGUAUGGUGUAUUGAUUGUAUUCACCUAUUAUAGCAAUUUCACACAUACCUCACACUGUCCACCAUUUUGCAAGCCAACAUCAUGAAUAAUGUUAUAGAUUAAUUAUAGAAGAGUCAAUAAUAAAACACAGAUCUUACCAGCACCGAUCUCAGUGGCUACCGCUACCAGUAGCCCCAUAAGAAGCUACUGUAGUCUACAGCUCGAGGUAGGUGAUUGUUGCCAAUGGCAGAGUGGGUGGCUAAUGUGAAGGAUGUCUUUGUAAAUGUCAUGUGUGGGAAAUCGACGGACAGUCCCAAAAGCAGCAUCACCCCAGUGUCUCUAGAGGGCUGCGGAGAAGAAAUGCAAGUAUUAAAUUUAGCGUCAGAGUUACCUGGACUGAGCAGAACUAUAAUCUCAUUGGACGAUUCUAGUGAUGACAGUUCGUUCUCGUCUGAUCUUGACGAUGGGCCUCCGUAUGGACUGAAACGUGACAAAGAACAACAAGAAGAUUCUUGCUCUGACAGUGGCUACCAGUCACAAGGGCAGGUCCACUACAAGGGAUGUAUGGACAUGCCCGUCAGGACCAAAGCAGCACAGGGGGUCCUCUUCAAAGGGGAACUCUAUGUGGGGGGUGGAUACGUCACAGAGUCCAAACUGGCCGGUAUCAUCCACAAGUUUGAGCCGGUCUUUCAACUGUGGGACCACCUCCCUACCUGUCCGCUGAAACAGUUCGGAAUGUCCCUGUUUGAAAAUAACCUAGUGGCAGUUGGCGGGAAGGAGGCAGGUAAUCUUGCGUCAAACAAGAUCUACACUUUAGACAAAGACGGACAAAAUUGGAAUGCUUGCAUUCCACCAAUGAUAUUCGCUCGUGUGUCUCCGGUUGUCAUCGGUUACGAUCGAUUCCUGAUUGUUGCCGGGGGUAAGAAAGGUUCGCUGGACUACAAUAUGGAAAUAUACGAUCACACGUCUAAGCGAUGGACGAAUGCCCCUCCCCUCCCUGUAAAAUGUUACCCCACCACCUCAGUCGUUAGCGGGCACAGCUGGUACAUUCUCAAUCAAGACGACGGCACUAUAAAGUGUGCAGGCAUUCGAACCCUCAUCCAGCAAGCCACAGGCAUCUCCUUGACAACUGACCCAAGCUUACAGUCCGAAAACACAGAAUUGGAGCCACCCUCUAGUAUAUGGUUGAACCUGCCCAGUCCUCCCAGCAAGCCUAUUCAGAUCACAACUAUUGGUGGAUACCUACUCGCUAUCACAUGCGAAUCUAACCCAGUCAAAGUCCGCUCGUUCCUAUACAACAAGGGCUCCUGGUGUUAUUCCAACAAGCUGCCUAAUCUGUGCGGCAGUUCGUCGGCUCUCCCUGACGAUAAGGGCGGUCUCUACUUGUUCGGAGGGGAGGGGGGCAGCGAGCAGUACUCCAACAAACUCUACAAACUAACUCUGAGAAAUGUCAAUAGCUCUCAUUUAAGAACAAAACCUCCCACCGGUAUUUCAUUCUGCUUGUAAUGACCUUAUUUUUUGAUUUUCACAUUAAUUUUCAUGAUCAAGCACUGU